UUUAAACGUGAUAUUCGUCAUCAGGAGCUCAAGUUGUACUAGUCCUGUUACUCUCGAACAAUCCGGAUAAAGUCGGUGUAAAUCUGGUACGCUCUCGAAAGAAUCACCCACUGGCGAAUGUAGAUUAGGAGACUCUCUUCGCAAAAAGUGACUAAAAAAGAACGGCUGCUUCUUUCACAUAAGUUAAGACUCCUUUAGCAAAAGGAUUCUGAUAUUAUUUUGGGAAAAAAGACAAAGCGUGCUCAUAUACUCACAUGUGAAAGAGCAAUCGUAGCAAAAUCGUUUUAGAGAAAACAACACGUAAUGUGCAGUGUGAAAAAUUAAGCACAAGUCAAAAGCUGUUUAAUAAAGGGUGUGGACAUUCGCCAGUAUUUUAGGAGUAUUGGCGAAUGUCUAGGCGAUAUUCACCUAUCGCCAAUAUGGCGAAUGUCUAUUGGCGAGCCAAGUGGCGAAAUGCAACUUUAUCAUCACUACUGCUCAAAUCCUUUUCAAACAGGAAAAUAAACAUGGCACUUAAAGGGACUAAGUGAUGCUUAAAGUGACUGCCACUUAUAAGUGUGUGCAACCUUGUGGAAGGUCGUUUCCCCCUUGCAUUUUAUGCACUAAAAAUGCUAAUAAUUUUACGCUCUGCCAGUAGCGGCGUGCGAGUAAUCAAUUUGAUUCUUUUAUAACUUUGCUCUCUCUCUCUCUCUUUCCUUUCUGAGGUUUAAAAUCAAUCUUUUGAAUGUGAUACAAAUGUACUAGAUGAAAAACUGGUAUGAAUCUGACAUAAUUUCGAGGUAUACAGAUUGUUUAUUUGUUUUAUCUUUUUUUCAGAUGUAUGAUGCUGUUAAUUUAUUUGAUAUUGCUGGUCGUACACUAUUGAAAUUUGCACGAAAUAUAUUAGUUAAAAUAUUUACGACGGAUGAGCUUAAAACACGAAAACUUCGGGGAAAUGCAAAAUUGAGAAAAUUAGAUGAUGUACAAAUUCGUUUACCCUGCGGUAAAGGUAUAUGGCCUGCAUUCUGGUUACUUGGCAAUGCAUGGGAUAAAUACAAAUAUUACUGGCCGACAGUUGGUGGAAUUGAUAUUGUAGAAAUGAUUGGUGGCAAGGUAUGGGGUGUUGAGCAGGAUUCAAUUGCUUAUGGGCAUGCACAUUGA